AAACGACCUGACUACUUUGUUCUACCCUACGCUUGUGCUGCAGUACCUAAAAUCGAAGAAAGAGUACAGUGAACAAGGCUAAGAUAUAGAAAGACAUCUCUAUUUCUGCAAAUCCAAAAAGGGCUUGCCUUAAUUUAAAAAUUUGCAAAUGCAUUGCGCCUCAAAUCCCGAAGCGAUCGCCAGGGUUUUUAUCAACUAUAUGUAGUUUUUACUUUAGGGAAUCUAAACUUUAGAGAUAAAACAAUUUUUAAGUUAUAAAUUUAAAAGUUUGUAGUUAUAUUAACUAAAAAGAAUAUAUAUUUAUUUUUAUUUAUUCCGUCUGGGUUUGGUAAUCUGCUCAUGUACUUAACCUUUUAUAGCCUACAGGAAAAAAGAAAAAAAUAGGAGAUAACGGAAAGACCCAUAAAAUCGAAAAGUGCCUAGGUAAACCUGUAGGACGAUUAGAGGAAUAUUAAAAUCAUUACAUGCUAAAUAAAUAUUGUGUAUACGAAUUCUUUCAGUACGAGUAUUUAAUACAUUUAUUAUUAUCAUAAGUGUAUCAAAAACCUGAAGCUCCAAAAUAUCUUUCCCAUUUUGAGAAAAAUAUAAUUAAAAAUCAGAUUUUUGUUUAUAUUUUUAUUAUUUAGUUCACAGUUUAUAUAUAUUAUAUUAUUUUUACAUAUUAUUUUAUUUUAUAUUAAAUUAUUUUUUUUAUAACAUUUAUUAUAUAUUCAUUAUAUUUAUAAUAAAUAGAUUCGUUGAAUAGUAUUAAUAUUGGAUUUGAAUGUAACGAUUCGUUUUUCUGCAUUUCAAAUCCGAAAAUCGCUUAGAUAAUAUGACGUAACUUAAUAAAAUAUAUAAAUCGAAAAUAACUAUUUGUUAUUUUGAAGGAGAAAAAUUAUGUUGUUUGAAAUAAAGGAACGAAAAAGCAAAAGACAAAAAAAAGCAAUCGGUAAAGUUUUAAAUUCUUGUUGGGCGCCAAAAAUGAAUCGAACCAAAAACAACAACCAAUAUGCUUUUCGAUUUUGAGAAGGGUCACAUUUCCGAUAACAAUGAAAACUCACAUUUUAAAUGGUCACACUUAGUGGGGCGCCAAGAGGAAAUAUCGAUAUCGAUUCCGACUGUUGUGUUAAACUUUACAAAUAAAUUACAAAAAAGCGAACGAAAGAAAAUCAUGGAAGAAAGUGAGCCCAGGUAUGGCGCUAUGUGGACAUUCAAGCUGGUGGCACCAUACGUAAUUGGCGGCUACCUGUGCGGCCUCGCGGUGACGCUCGCAUGGAACUGGUGGCAGCUGGGCCACUUGGUUCUGGGUCUUAAUCUCACCUUCGCGAUUCCGGUGGCGCUUGUUCUGGCGGUCUUUUACAGCAGACCCGUAAGGUGCAUUGUGACGUUGGCCGUUCCCUCGCUGUGCAGCUCCCGGGGACGGGCGUUCCUCAUCAGCCUCGCCUUUGUCAUUGCCGCAGUUGGGCCUACGGCGAACAUUCUAGCCAAUUUGAAGGUGAUGCUCCGCAGCCUCGCUUGCGGACAGGAGCUAUUGCGUCAGGCGCUUGGCCAGAUGUUGGACGUAAUACUGGAGCCGGUAAAUGCCAUCCAGCUAGCGGUGGAUCUGUUGAUGCGGGAAGUGCGUCGGGUGCUCAAUCUGGCCAUGGUAGUGCUGUUACGCAUUCAGGACCAUUUGAUCGCAAUUAUUAAAACCCUGAAGAACUGCGCCGCUUGGCUGAAAUCAAUCGUAGACCUGUGCAACACAGAAAUGGGCACUCCCUGGGCACGUUGCAAAAAGACGGCGCAUCACGCUAUGAUCAGGUGCCAGGCAAAAAUGGGCGUAUUCAAGGCGCUAUGCCAUGCUACAAAGCUGUUUCUGGCCCUCUGCUACCCCGCCAAGAUCAUCGAUGUGUUUUGUAGCGGUUACUGGGAUCUCAGCUGGGGUCUCCUUGAUAAAAUCUCAGAACGCUACCGCGAAUUUGUGCGGCACAUCGAGGAAAUGUUUGAUGCCAAUAUCACCUUUGAGCACGAAUUUUUCUUUGAUACAAACUCUUCAAAGAGCCUGGCGGACGUGGGAGAGGAAAUUAUACAGGAUAUUAACAAGCGUCUGUCGUCGUUUAUCUUCUUGAGCAGCUUUGUGGACAUUCUCUGCUGGGUCAUGGUGGUUACUGUAUUUUUUAAAGCCACCAUCUUCUACCUUCGAUACAUGCACAGCCGGCAAUUUCAGAAUGUGUUUUUGACAAAGAUACUAAGUGAUAUCGACCGGCGGCACGAAAAGCACGGUCACGAUCCACUGCUACCCCUUCAUCAACUUGAAAGGGCAAAGUAUAUGAAGCUUACUAGUUUGCGCUUGACUUUGUUUGAGUUCGUGUCCAUUGUUGAGAACGCCUGUUUCAUGGCCACAACCUGCUUGCAGUUGUUUGCGAUUUGCUUUCUGGAUUACGGACUGUUCUGGCUGCUGGAAACUAUGUCCUUCCAUGGCCACCAAGAGACUGGGCUGGAGGUGCCCGCUUACGUCGAUCUAGAGAUUAAGGGUGGGGGCUUUGUGGCGGAUGUCAUGCGAGGAAUUGCUAAUGCCUUUCGACCCUUGACGCAAAAAAGCAUUUUAGACGUCAAUCCCUGCCUCCCGCUGCCCGUGAAACCUGAUUAUGCGGAAUAUCUAAUUAUAUUACUACUCUGUCUGCUCGCUUGGCUGAUCCUUUUGGCCGAGCCGUAUAUAUUGCGCACUCGCCAUCUUAUAAUGGCCUACUUUUAUCCAAAACGCGCCAAGGAAAGAGGCAUGUUUCUGUACAACAUGAUUUCCGAAGAUAGAACAAGUAUUUUUAAGUUUGUACGCCGCAGAAAGCGUAAUGAAUUUAACCACACACGGAAUGUUAAGCAUACCAGAAAUUUUACUUGGCUGAACAAUAGAUUCUCCUGUUUAAUAUACAUGUGCUCCUGCUGCUCCUGCUGCCAGAGCACUGAGAGGUGCACCAUAUGUGGGCGAUCUCUGACUCUUUCAAAUCGUAACCCCUGCGACACUCCUGGAUGCAAGGGGGUUUAUUGCGGUAAAUGCUUUGAAAAGUCACACAAUAAGUGUUGUCUGUGCAAUCGACCAGUUGAUUAUGGUGAUUUUUCCGACGUCACUGAAGUAGACGACUCUUCGGACUAUUCUGAAAAAGAGUCUUUUAGCGAAAGGCAGUACAGGAAGACCUGUGGAGGACAACGCUAACAACGAGAGAAAAACAGUUAACCAUAGAGGUCAUCGGUUGUGAGCAUACACGUUAUCCGGAUAGCUCAGGAAUAUUUCCACCUAUUAAAUACCUGAUAUUACAUCAAUUCCAAAUAUAUGGUUUUAGCGACGACGGUUCACAAAUGGUUACCCAGCAAUUAAGAAAAUUACCUUGCCCCCAAGGAUUGACGAUUGACGAUUACAUUCAUCAGUGCUUUAGUGUUCAAACACCUGUUUUCAAUUUUUUCCUUUUAUAUCGAAGCUUGU